GAGGGCUGGAGCGCCGGGAAGACGCUGAGUGGGGAGGACAGAGGGAGCCCCUUGACAUACAGUCGAUCUUCAUGCCACGCGCAGCCUGGAAGUUGGUCUUUUAUCACCUAAGUUCAGAAAAAUAGAUAAAACCAUCUAUCAGCCUGCGAGGGUCUUUGUGGCACGAACGUGUUCAGGAGAACCGUGUGUCUGCUUUUCUGCAGCCGGGAGGAUUUACUUAGUGGGAGCACACCCGCGACAGAAACACCUCUCACCCAGGUGGUGCAACCACAUUGAAGAAUGAAGGUUCCAGCGACUGUGACGACACAGUGCCUAAUGACAAUGGGCAUUGUCACCUUUAAUAGGGAGAAAUGGGCGAUCCAAUGCGUUCCAGUUCUAGCUGUUACUUAGCAGCAAGGGCUCUGUCCUGGUCUCUUGCUGCCCUAUAUGGCUUUUGGUCAGGAAAACAAUUCUCACCUCUAAAAGAGAAAGGAAACCCCACUGUGUAAAUAUUUAGAAAGUCAAGUCAAUAGUAUUAUGAUAAGUUAACCAACUCUCAACCACUGGAAGUGUACGUUUUGUGGUUACAGAGAAAAGCGUCAUCAGAGACAAUUUAUAGCCAUCCAAAAUUCUGAAAGAGAGAAAGGCCAUGGAUAUGCACUCACAGCACACCCCUGGAAAGAUAAGUAUCUCUGAACAGUCCAUCCUUUCCAGAAUAAACCCUGUCGAGAACGUAGAUUACCCACAUUACUACAACCUCUUAAGGAAAAUGAACAUGCCCAUUGUGAAAGGGGUGGAGGACAGACACGACUUUGGCAGGAUGGAAAAGAAAGGCAACCCCACUUUCCUUAAAUUUCACCCGUAUCCCGCUUCGGGCGUGCCAAACUAUCACUUACACUACCCUUACCCCCCACCGCGGGGGGCAGACUUCCCAUUGUUUCCGCUGCGCGAUGACGUGCCCCUAGGUGACCCCUGCUCGGGGUUCCUGAGCCCCGGGGCUAAUGCCGACCUAAAGCCUGGCGUUGGCAGAGCCAUACCGAGCCUGGUGGACUUCAGGGAUGUGAAACCCCAACAGCGAGUCCCCAGGCCAGACUCUGGAGAGCACACGGCGCUGAGGAGGCAAACGCUUUUCUUAGAAGAAUUGAAACAAGACAGGAAAUGGAAUUCCAGGGCAACACCAGACAUUGCCAUCAGAGCGAGACUCGGAGGUUGGACGAGCCCACGGAAAGUCCCGCCUCCCCGGGCUCGGCACGAGGCGUGCUCAGUGAACCACACGUACACAUUCGACGAGGAGGAAGCGACGUGCCCGGAUGACGGCAAACCACUUUCACAACCCAACAAGAAGUAUAAUGCAAAGGACUGCUUUUAUAAGUCCUCUACGCAAAAAGCUUACGAAGUUGUUCCCUGGGACAAGAUGCUGCCACCGAGACCCGGUCCGGGAGAAACGACGGUGGAGAGAGCCUCCGACCCGGUCGCACAGUGCUUUACGCUGAAAAGAUACGAGAGGGCGCCCGCCCUCACGCAGGUGGUCGGCGGACUCUGGGACAGGUUCCAGACGAGGUCGCUCUCGGUGCCCGGCAAGCCAGUGAACUUCGUGAGCCCGAGUUCCAGGAGCAGAUACAUCCCGUGCUACACAGGCCACGUGCAGUCCACCGACGCCGACGCCGUGGACAACCCCUGCGGGGACAUCGCGUCUCUGGCCGAGCCGCGGCGCUCCCGAGCCCUCUGCACGAACACAAGCUGCUCCGCGAACAUCCCGGGGUACACCGGGAAGGUUCACGUCACCGCCACCCACCCAGCCAACUCCGACGUCCUGGCAGCCUCCCCCUCGCCGGACGCCGCAAUGCACCGCGUCCUGCGGGAAGAGUGGGCAGGCGGCCUCUUCCGCCACCGGUCGCCGCUGUCCAGCAUGGUCACGCUCGUGAGGCCCUACAACCCCUUCAACAGGAAGGGGAAGAAGACGGCCAGCUACUGAGGGGCCUCCGGCCCAGCGGGGCGCCCUCCCCUCCCCGGCGCGGCCUGUGCGCCCUCGGCCGGGAAUAAAAGAUGGUUGUGUGCUCCGGGCGUCUGUGCCGGUGGAACGA